AUGUCGACAACUAACGGUCAUCUGGGUGUUACACCACCCAUCUCAACCUCCGAGUCCAACGACAGGGAGAAGGAGGUCACCGUCACACUCAUGGAGGAGCUUCGUCGACAGGGAACAUUCGAGACCGAAGAAGAGGCGAAGCGGAGAGAAAUCGUGCUUGGACGCUUGGCUUCAUUGGUCAAGAGAUUUGUCACACGAAUCGGGAUCAAGCAGGGUUUGUCUCAGGCUGCAGCAGAAGCUUCGGGCGGCAAGAUCUUCACCUUUGGCUCCUACCGACUAGGCGUCCACGGACCCGGCUCCGAUAUUGAUACCUUGUGCGUCGUACCCAAACAUGUCUCGCGGGAAGAUUUCUUCGAGGACUUCGAGGAAAUGCUUAAAGCAACUGAAGGCGUCGAUGAAGCAUCUGCGGUGCCGGAUGCAUAUGUCCCAAUCAUCAAGACCAAGAUUUCCGGCAUACCCAUUGAUCUUCUUAUGGCUCGGCUGGCGCUGUCAUCGAUACCCGACACUCUCACCCUGCAAGACGACAAUCUGUUACGAAAUUUAGAUGAGCGAUGUGUGCGAAGUUUGAAUGGAUCACGAGUGACUGACGAAAUUUUGCGUCUGGUGCCAAAUAUUGAGGUCUUUCGCGAUUCGUUGCGUUGCAUCAAAUUGUGGGCCCAGCGACGAGCCAUCUAUUCGAACGUGAACGGGUUCUUGGGUGGUGUUGCUUGGGCUAUGUUGGUCGCUCGAAUAUGUCAGCUGUACCCUAACGCAAUUGCAGGAGCAAUUGUCAGCCGCUUUUUCAUCAUAAUGUAUCAAUGGACGUGGCCCCAGCCCGUACUUCUCAAGCAAAUUGAAGAAGGCCCGUUGCCAGUCCGAGUCUGGAAUCCAAAGCUUUAUCCAGCGGAUAGAGCACAUCGAAUGCCUAUUAUUACCCCCGCAUACCCCUCUAUGUGUGCCACCCACAAUGUUACGGCUUCGACCCAAAUGAUCAUGACAGAAGAAUUCAAGAAAGGCUCGGAGAUCGUCGACCGGGUAAUCGUCGGUUCUGCAGAUUGGUCGGAGCUUUUUUCCAAGCACGAUUUCUUCCAUAAAUAUCGAUAUUACUUGCAAGUCAUUGCAUCCACAGGCAGCUCCGAGUUACAGAUCAAGUGGGCUGGUACGGUGGAAUCUCGUAUACGACAGCUGGUGAUGAAGCUUGAAUACGUCGACUCCCUGACUUUGGCACAUCCUUUUAUUAAGGGUUUCGAGCAAGUCCUACAUUGUCUCAGCGAGGAAGAACUGCGUGCAGCCGCGCAAGGUGACGUCUCGGAUGCUGUGGCAAAGCGCAAAAAGGAAGAGAUUGAAGGCAAAGAAGGCGCAAGCUCCAUUUACUUGACAUCCUUCUACAUUGGUCUCGCUAUCGAACCGAAACAAGCGGGAUCGGUUGGUCCUCGCAAACUAGACAUAUCAUAUCCGACCACGGAAUUCGCCAAGCUGGUAAAAAUGUGGGAUAAGUAUGAUGGAUCCAAUAUGGGGAUCAUCGUACGCCAUAUUAAGGCCACCGCACUGCCUGACUAUGUUUUUGACGAGGGCGAACGACAACCACGCUCGGCGCUGAAGCGGCCGAAGAACGGGAAGGGCGCAGACAAGACUAACGGGACCUCGCCCGAUGUGCCCAGCAGCAAGCGUCGACGGUCGGUACAGUAG